GCGUAUCCCGUUUUCCAUGAAAUCACAUGUGGAACAUGUCAUUAUUCUUGGAAUGAUUACCAACACUGCGCUAUAUAAGGCUAAUUUAAAUACAGAGUUCAUUGAGAAUCCGAACAGCUCUAGAGCAAAGAUGCCGUUUUGGGAUGGAAACUCAGGGAUUGGGAGACGAGGUACUCCCAUCUCCAUGGCCUAUACUCUGGCCUCGGGCCCCGAUGUGGGUCCUGCCAUUGGGCCCCAGCACUGCGUCACAAAGGUAGAGCUCUCCGUCUGUGGCUCCAACUUGCUAGACCGUGACGUGGCAUCCAAGUCUGACCCCUUCUGUGUUCUUUUCCAUGAUGUGGAUGGCAACUGGGUGGAGCUGGCUCGAACAGAGACUGCCGUGAAUAACCUGAAUCCAGUAUUUGGUGUCAAAUUCCAAGUGGAUUACCAUUUUGAGGAAGUCCAGAAGCUGAAGUUUGCCAUGUUUGAUGAGGACAAAUGCAGCUCCCAGCUUACGAACGACUUUUUGGGUGAAUUCACCUGCACACUGGGAGUGAUUGUGUCAAAUAAGAAGCUACAUCGACCACUGAUUCUGGCUAAUGGCAAGCCAGCAGGGAAGGGGGCCAUCACAAUAACAGCCCAGGAGUUAUCAGACAACAGAAUAAUCACCCUAACCAUGUGUGGGAGGAAGCUGGAUAAAAAGGACUUUUUCGGUAAAUCAGAUCCCUAUUUAGAAUUCCACAAACAAGGGGAUGAUGGGAAAUGGAUGAUGGUUCACAGAACAGAGGUUAUUAAGAACACUUUGGAUCCUGUAUGGAAGCCUUUCACGGUGCCUCUAAUCUCACUUUGUAAUGGAGAUGUGGACAGAAACAUCAAGGUGCUGUGCUAUGAUUACGACAACGACGGAAGCCAUGACUUCAUCGGCGAGUUUCAGACCACCGUUAACAAGAUGAGUGAAGCACUGAACGGAAUGGAGGUUGAGUUUGAAUGCAUUAAUCCUAAAAAACAGAAGAAGAAGAGCUACAAAAACUCUGGGGUCAUAAUAUUGAAGUCAUGCAAGAUUACGAGAGACUACUCCUUCCUGGACUACAUUCUGGGUGGCUGUCAGCUCAUGUUUACUGUUGGCAUUGAUUUCACAGCGUCCAAUGGCAACCCCAGGGAGCCAUCGUCUCUGCAUUAUAUCAACCCAAUGGGCAGCAACGAAUAUCUGUCCGCCAUCUGGGCUGUAGGCCAGAUCAUUCAAGACUAUGACACGGACAAAAUGUUUCCUGCACUUGGAUUUGGGGCUCAACUCCCACCCGACUGGAAGGUAUCCCAUGAAUUUGCAAUCAACUUCAACCCCACCAACCCUUUUUGCUCAGGUGUGGAGGGGAUCGUUCAAGCUUAUUCCAACUGCCUGCCUCACAUCCGCUUCUAUGGACCAACUAACUUUGCCCCCAUCAUCAACCAUGUGGCCCGCUUCGCUACCCAGGCCCUCCAACAGGACACUGCAGCACAAUACUUCACACUACUGAUCAUUACUGACGGCGUAAUCAGCGACAUGGACGAGACGCGUCACGCUAUAGUUCAAGCCGCCAAGCUGCCCAUGUCCAUUAUUAUCAUUGGGGUGGGCAACGCCGACUUCACUGCUAUGGAGUUUUUGGACGGAGACAGCAGCGCGCUCAGAUCCUACACGGGAGAGGAGGCGGUCCGAGACAUCGUGCAGUUUGUCCCAUUCAGGGACUUUCGCAACGCUCCGAAGGAAACUUUAGCCAAGUCCGUAUUGGCAGAGCUGCCGCAACAGGUCACACAGUAUUUCAAACAGAGGAACCUGUCGCCUAGCAACACAAUGCCGGAAUAAGCGCUGGAGGCCCGGAGUUCACACUGCAUGUUGCCAAAACCUGCUAACUGUUUACAGACCCCCCUUGACCAAUUCAAUGAACAUAGUGCAUGUUAUUUUCUGUACAGAAGUGUUUUUAGUAUAUGUUUUUAUUUAUUGGUUUAUAUAUAGACAGUAUAUAUGAUGAUCUAAACGCAAUGGCCAUUUGUGUGUCUGUCACAAAAUAUGUAACAGUAUUCAGCUGAAUGUAACUUUAUACCGCCAUUUUCUGUGUUUUAAGAGAAGUGAAAGCUAAAGAGUACUUUAUGUAGUGAUUUGUACUUAGUGCUAAUCGUACGGUGCCAUGGUCAAGGUGGUGUUGUUGAUUUUGUACAGUUUUAUCGGUUGUUUAUGUUCCACUCAGGUCAAUAAAUUUCAUUUGAGAACAUCA